CUUAUAAACAGCGCUCAUGCUGUCACUUUACUGAGUUGUUGAGCUAAAAGGAGGAGUCCGGUGACUCACCCCGCCCUACCUCUAAACACCGACUGCCUUACUUUUUAAAUUUCUUUAUAGACACAAUAGGUUCGCCAGGCUAAAGUCAUGUAUAGGUAUCUGGGAGAGCUUUUGACUCGCGCAUCGACCAGCAGCGCUCUGGCCUCGGGAUGCGUCGACUCUGUUCUGCCUGCUUCCGCGUCUCUCCUGCGGGUCCGCCGCUACAGCGAGGCCGUAGGAGAAAAGGAAGACGACCCUAAUUUCUUCAGAAUGGUUGAGGGUUUCUUUGACAGAGGUGCAUCGAUCGUGGAGGACAAGCUGGUGCACGACCUAAAGACGAGAGAAACGCCCGAGCAGAAGAGACACAGAGUCCGGGGAAUCCUCAAGAUCAUUAAGCCAUGCAACCACGUCCUGUCCGUGUCCUUCCCCAUCAAGAGAGACAACGGGGAGUGGGAAAUGAUCGAGGCGUACAGAGCUCAACACAGCCAACAUAGGACACCUUGUAAAGGAGGUAUCCGCUACAGCACUGAAGUGUCAGUCGAUGAGGUGAAAGCUCUCGCCUCACUAAUGACAUACAAAUGUGCAGUUGUAGACGUGCCUUUUGGAGGAGCUAAAGCUGGUGUGAAAAUUAACCCCAAGAAUUACUCUGACAACGAAUUGGAGAAAAUUACAAGAAGGUUUACUAUUGAGCUGGCUAAAAAAGGCUUCAUUGGGCCUGGCAUUGACGUUCCAGCCCCAGACAUGAGUACAGGAGAAAGGGAAAUGUCCUGGAUUGCAGACACUUAUGCAAACACUAUGGGCCACCAUGACAUUAACGCUCAUGCCUGUGUAACAGGGAAGCCCAUCAGUCAGGGUGGCAUUCAUGGCCGUAUAUCUGCCACUGGUCGUGGUGUGUUUCAUGGCAUUGAAAACUUUGUCAAUGAGGCUUCCUACAUGAGCCAACUGAACAUGAAUCCUGGCUUUGGUGACAAGACGUUUGUCAUUCAGGGCUUUGGUAAUGUGGGCCUACACUCCAUGCGUUAUCUACACCGUUUCGGAGCGAAGUGUGUUGGUGUGGGAGAGCUGGACGGAUGCAUCUGGAACCCAAAUGGAAUUGAUCCCAAGGAGCUAGAGGACUACAAACUGGCCAACGGCACUAUUGUCGGCUUCCCUGACGCCACUCCCUAUGAAGGCAGCAUCUUGGAAGCCGAAUGCGAUAUCCUGAUUCCUGCUGCAAGUGAAAAGCAGCUUACAAAGAAAAAUGCCCACAAUGUUAAAGCUAAGAUCAUUGCUGAGGGAGCCAACGGCCCCACCACGCCUGAGGCAGACAGGAUAUUCCUGGAGAGAAAUAUCAUGGUGAUUCCUGAUAUGUACCUGAAUGCUGGAGGUGUGACUGUCUCCUACUUUGAGUGGCUUAAGAAUCUUAAUCAUGUGAGCUAUGGCAGACUGACCUUCAAAUAUGAAAGAGACUCAAACUACCAUCUCCUUAUGUCUGUCCAGGAGAGUCUCGAAAGAAAGUUUGGCAAACAUGGUGGAGCCAUUCCUAUCGUGCCCACCUCUGACUUUCAAGAAAGGAUUGCUGGAGCCUCUGAAAAGGACAUUGUGCAUUCUGGAUUGGCUUACACAAUGGAGCGAUCCGCCAGACAAAUCAUGCGCACUGCCAACAAGUAUAACCUCGGGCUGGACCUCAGGACCGCAGCUUAUGUCAAUGCCAUUGAAAAAGUCUUCAAAGUGUAUCACGACGCAGGCCUUACCUUCACAUAGACUGUACAAUUCAGUUGGUUCACGCAGACCUGAGAUGUAUCAAUAACCUCUCAGCUUCUCACGUUUACAUUUUAUACAUCAAAACAUUUAUGUCUUAUCAUUUAUGCAUGUGGUUAUUGAUAUGCAAUUUCACAAGUCUCAUCUAGUGCAUCUUUUUAAAUAUUCAUGGCUUUAAAAAAAUGAAAGCCAGAGUCCCUUUAAUUCACUUAAUGUCUUUGCACAGCAGAACAAAACAAAAAUCCUUAUUUUAUAGAUGCCUAGGUUUUUUUUCAGGUCUGGUAUUAAGCACUUAUUACAUAUAUAAACAUUUAAGCUUUAAAGUCACAGCAUAAUUUUAACCACUUCACACAUGUCUAAUACCAGUUUCUAAAAUGUAGUUAAUAGUUAUUUUUUCCCAUUUUGAUAUAAAUAUGGCCAAGAAAGUGAUGCAGGAUGAAUCUCAGGCUAUUUAUCUCUGUUACAAAAUAUUGCACUUGGUUUUGCUGCUCUUUGAACAGUUCCCUUGAUAAGGCUUGCAUUUAAAUUGUGGCCUGGACCUUAUUGGUAAAUUAAUUAAAUUAGUUUAUAUACAAAUGUUAGGGGGUAUUUUUGGAAACAAAUGUUUAUUUUCAUCACUAUAUUAAUAUGAAGAGACUUUGUAUGGCCUCAUAUUGUUUAAAACUAAUAAAAUGUAAAUAAAAAUGUGUGUUGUUUAAUUUUAA